GCACACCACAGCAGUAUGUAUAAUUUGUAGGGAGCAUGAAUGGGCUGUAUACACCAAUGAAAUGGACACGCUACUGUUAGAUCACGUGACAUGCGCGGUUUUUGUAUUUGUGAAUGACUUCUGAAUUGAUUAUAUUCUCUGUGUGUGUAUUUUACUACAUUUGAUUUCACGGUUACAAGUAUAUAUAUAUUGGACCGUCGUGAAAGCGUUUCACUUCUACAGGAACAAAGUACUCAUAGACAACGCCGUGUAUGUAUGUAUACCGGUGUGUGUUGUGUGUGUGUGUGCGCGACACAAAUGCAAAGUAUCAUAUAUAAAUACACACAAGCGUUAUGUAUGAAUGACAAAUCUUUUUGUGAACGGACUAUACGACUCGGCAUAUGAUAUAUCAGAAGUAUUUUUAUAAACUUAUGGAUUUUAUUCUUCCUGUGAUAAAAGGUUAGAUGCCGUUUGCGGAUCCUCACACCCCAGUGCAUGUCGGGUAACUCGAUGAUAUCUCUGCAAGUGACGUUUCCAAGUGAGCAUUCUGGUAAAGCAUCUUCAAUGCUUUGAGCCGCAAGUCUUGUAUGUUCAUGGACAUUUUCCUAGCUAAGCGCCAUCUACCGAGACACGGUCCAGCUAUCAAUAUACGACCUGUAUUAAAAAGGUCCCCCUGAAAGAACACUGACCACUUCCGGUAUGCUGUGGGGAUCUGUCAUCAUAAGCCACCUUCUGACUGUAUGUCUUUUGGUCAGCAUGAUAUCUGGAUUUGCCAUUGGUCAGUCAAGUGAUCACAUGGCUAAUACUUAUCGGAUCAAACGUGCAAAUUCCCCGGUUCCAAGGGGAUUCAAUGGCAGAAGUGUGUUCAACCGAAAGGAUAGAGGAUUGCAGUAUUCAACUGGAGCUCGUGCAAACUGUACAAGAAAUUGUGGUCAUAAAAAAGGAUUCCAAAUGAAAUUCAAUGAAAUGAUUCAUAUACAAAGACUAAAAAAUCAAAUUAUUCAAAAGUUGGGUCUUUCUACGGACGAAAAGGGUGAUGUACAGACACCUUUCAAUACUAAUUCUUUAACACGGAAUUCUAACACAACUCCUAAGUUAGAAAAGAGGAAAAAACAGCAUCCAAAAAAGGAAACAUCUUAUAUACGUGAAUUCUCGGAAAUUAUUAGUUUCUCGGAAAAAGCAGGAAAUGUGUCCGAAAGAGAUGUACUAUCAUUCACUAUCGACGUCACCAACAAUCCAGGUCCUCUUGAAGCACUGAGUGCGCAUUUGUGGAUAUUAAUGCGCAAGCGCAAGCGGAAGAACAAUCGAGGAAAAAAGAUUUUCUUGGAUGUAUUGCGAAUAGACGAUAAUGAUACGGGUCACGAGGUGUUGACUAGCUUAAUCACACGUGUCAAGAAGACAAGAUGGCAGAAAGUGAGUCUGCCGGUCACGUUUAUCCAGUCACUUUUAGACUCCAAUAGACGACGACUAAGGCUUAGAAUCAGAUGUAGGAAAUGUGGAAAAGUCGUACGUCCAGUUUUGUUUAAAAAACACAAAAAUCUCAAAAGAAAAUCACACAAAAGGAUUUUGCCGAAAGAGAGGAAGCGAUCGCAUCAAAAACGGCGAGCCGCUAAGAUGCGCAGACUGAACAGGAGGUCUCGUAAACGUGAACGGAUUCCACCAUUCCUCGUUAUAAGCACAAGAUACAAACAUACUGUAUCGGCCAGAGGAGGGUAAUAUAUUAACUGCUUGAGUCCAAGAGGAAACGUUUAAAGUAUCUUUACAACUGCGAUAUGUCGGAGUCGUAAAGACACGUUAUGUAAGUGUGUGGCAGUUAUAUCUAUAUAACUACCGGUUGGUAAAUAUUCCAUUAUGACGUCAAAGAUAACGGAUGCGCGUGCGUUAAUGUUAAGGUACUGUUACUGUAUUUACAGCGCCAUUUGUACUGGGAAUCGUUGUGCACUGUUCAUAUGCAAUGCUAAGGUCACAUAUUAAUUUCGUAUGUUACCUUAGCUAACCCGGGUAAGUUGAAACGUAAUGAAAAUAAAUAGUCGUGUAACUCAUGACCAACA